CAGCGGCCCUGCCGGCGACCCCGCCGUCGCUGGCCGCCGCUGAGCCCCAGCAGGAGCCAGCUCGCCGCCACCCAGCACCCUCUCCAGCCGGCACCCUCGCGCCCAGAGAAACAUGAUUCCGGUGACAGAAUUCCGGCAGUUCUCUGAGCAGCAGCCUGCCUUCCGGGUGCUGAAGCCGUGGUGGGAUGUGUUUACUGAUUACCUCUCGGUGGCCAUGCUGAUGAUCGGCGUGUUUGGAUGUACUCUACAGGUCAUGCAAGACAAGAUAAUCUGCCUUCCGAAGAGAGUGCAGCCUGCUCAGAACCACUCUUCCAUUUCAAAUGUCUCUCAGGCAGCUGCCAGUACCACCCCACUGCCUCCACCCAAACCGUCUCCUACCAACCCUGCCACUGUGGAGAUGAAGGGGCUGAAGACAGACUUGGACCUCCAGCAGUACAGUUUUAUAAACCAGAUGUGUUAUGAGCGGGCCCUCCAUUGGUAUGCCAAGUAUUUCCCUUACCUUGUCCUCAUCCAUACCCUGGUCUUCAUGCUCUGCAGUAAUUUUUGGUUCAAAUUCCCCGGAUCCAGCUCCAAAAUAGAACAUUUCAUCUCCAUCCUGGGGAAGUGUUUUGACUCUCCCUGGACCACACGGGCUUUAUCUGAGGUGUCUGGGGAGGACUCAGAAGAGAAGGACAGCAGGAAGAACAACGUGAACCGGUCCAACACCAUCCAGUCCGGGCCAGAAGGCAGCUUGGUCAACUCUCAGUCUCUCAAGUCAAUUCCAGAGAAGUUUGUGGUCGACAAAACCACUGCUGGGGCUCUGGAUAAAAAGGAAGGUGAGCAAGCCAAGGCCUUAUUUGAAAAGGUGAAGAAGUUCAGGUUGCAUGUGGAGGAAGGGGACAUACUGUAUGCCAUGUAUGUCCGCCAGACCGUACUCAAGGUCAUCAAGUUCCUGAUCAUCAUUGCCUAUAACAGCGCUCUGGUUUCCAAAGUCCAGUUUACAGUGGACUGCAACGUUGACAUUCAGGACAUGACUGGAUACAGAAACUUUUCUUGCAAUCAUACCAUGGCACACUUGUUCUCAAAGCUCUCCUUUUGCUACCUGUGCUUUGUAAGCAUCUACGGAUUGACGUGCCUUUAUACCUUAUACUGGCUCUUCUACCGUUCGCUAAGGGAAUAUUCCUUUGAGUACGUCCGGCAAGAGACUGGGAUUGAUGAUAUUCCUGAUGUGAAGAAUGACUUUGCUUUUAUGCUUCAUAUGAUAGACCAGUAUGACCCUCUCUAUUCCAAAAGAUUUGCAGUGUUCCUGUCUGAAGUCAGUGAAAACAAGUUAAAGCAGCUGAACUUGAAUAACGAGUGGACUCCGGAUAAACUGAGGCAGAAGCUACAGACAAAUGCCCACAACCGACUGGAACUGCCUCUUAUCAUGCUCUCUGGCCUUCCAGACACUGUUUUUGAAAUCACAGAGUUGCAGUCUCUGAAACUUGAAAUCAUUAAGAACGUCAUGAUACCAGCCACCAUUGCGCAGCUAGACAAUCUCCAAGAGCUCUCUCUACACCAGUGCUCUGUCAAGAUCCACAGUGCAGCUCUGUCUUUCCUGAAGGAAAACCUCAAGGUCUUGAGUGUCAAGUUUGAUGACAUGAGGGAGCUGCCACCCUGGAUGUAUGGGCUCCGGAAUCUGGAAGAGCUCUACCUGGUUGGCUCCCUAAGCCAUGAUAUUUCCAAAAAUGUCACCCUCGAGUCUCUGCGGGAUCUCAAAAGCCUUAAAAUUCUCUCCAUCAAAAGCAACGUCUCCAAAAUCCCACAAGCAGUGGUGGACGUGUCCAGCCACCUGCAGAAGAUGUGCAUCCACAAUGAUGGGACCAAGCUGGUGAUGCUCAACAACCUGAAGAAGAUGACCAACCUGACCGAGCUGGAGCUGGUCCACUGUGACCUGGAGCGCAUCCCGCACGCCGUGUUCAGCCUGCUCAGCCUCCAGGAACUGGACCUAAAGGAAAACAACCUGAAGUCGAUAGAAGAAAUCGUCAGCUUUCAGCACUUGAGAAAGUUAACUGUGCUCAAACUGUGGUAUAACAGCAUCUCCUAUAUCCCAGAGCAUAUCAAGAAGCUCACCAGCCUGGAGCGACUGUCCUUCAGUCACAACAAAAUAGAGGUGCUGCCCUCCCACCUCUUCCUAUGCAACAAAAUCCGAUACUUGGACUUGUCCUACAAUGACAUUCGAUUCAUCCCACCUGAAAUCGGAGUUCUCCAAAGUUUACAGUAUUUUUCCAUCACUUCUAACAAAGUGGAAAGCCUCCCAGAUGAACUCUACUUCUGCAAGAAACUCAAAACUCUGAAGAUUGGGAAAAACAGUCUAUCCGUACUUUCACCCAAAAUUGGGAAUUUACUGUUUCUUUCCUACUUAGAUGUUAAAGGCAAUCACUUUGAAAUCCUCCCCCCUGAACUGGGCGACUGCCGGGCUCUGAAACGAGCUGGGUUAGUUGUGGAAGAUGCUCUCUUUGAAACUCUGCCUUCUGAUGUCCGGGAGCAAAUGAAAACAGAAUAACUUAUUUUUUGUUCAAGUUUGACUGAAACACGCUUCUACCAAAUACAGUAUAAAUAAUUAGGCACUCUUAAUGCCUUUCCUAUUUUAUUUUUUUUUCUUUUUCACACAAAACAAAAUGUACACAAAGUUCAAGUAAGGAGUAUGUAUUUUUUAAAUAAAAAUUUAAUUGUAUUUUUUCAAUAUUAAUAUUUUAAAGUUUUAUUUCUCUUGGAACCUAUUGUAUCUAGUAUUGUUUUCUACUGACAGCAUCAGAUGGUUCCAUGUGUUUUUGUUUUGUUUCGUUUCUUCGGUUCAUUCUUGUGAAAGGGAGGGAGUUCUAAGUUGCAUGCAUUUUGGCAUUUUUUAAAUGGAUGAAGUUAUUUUGCCAAGGUUGCUUUUCAUUUGUUUACACCUGUGUACAGGGUCCCUAGUUUUGCUUUUGUUGCGUGAGAAGCACGGAGUCUGUGCUCGUUACUUUGAGACCAGCUGCCUUCUCCAGGGCCACGCCCUUCGUCCUACAGCACUCUGCUCUGGAGUGCAGACUCACACAAGUGCAUUGCCACUCAGUAUUGGUGUUCAGUUCUUCCCCGGCCUCCAGCAGAACCCUUGAGUGCACUGCUUCCCAGACCUGACAGCGACAGUUUUCCUUAGGCAAGGACUUUGUGAGGGGUGAAGAAAAAUGCUUGAAUUGGCCAUUUACAGUUUAACCGAUUUGUGUUUUUAACCAACCUAUAAAAAAUACAAUUUGGAAACUCAAUACAGAGGCUCCCCCAUCCUUAACAAUGCUUUGUAGUACUGGUGAAUAUCCUUCAGGAAACCUGAUUGAGUCUAAUAUUCUAGUAGGCAAUUCAAUUUUAAAAUCAUAGGAUUAGGAGCCUGCAUCUUUGAGUAAUUCAGUCAGCCUUGAUCUCUUGAUACACGAAUGUACCAGACGGGAAAAAUGGCACUACUCAAGCCCUCUGUGACAGCCACUGUGCUCCAGCCAGCCCUCCCCUCCCUCUGGUAGGGUGGCAGUGGUACUCUACCCACAUUCUGCCUGUUGCACAGAAUAGCCCACUGUAGUAAUCGAUGUCCCUCAAGCCUGCCCUCACUGUGAAUGCUUGCGAUGCAAGCACAGAAACCCUCUCUGCUCUCUGGCUUAAAAUGAUUCUAAGACUUUAUUCAAAGGAUGCAAAAAUGGCUAAGAGGUUGCCACUGAGCAAUAAUUUUACCUGAUGUUCAGCAGAGUUUUGAUUUACCUUUCCCCUUAAAAUCCAACAUAGUAAAGGGUCUCGGGCAAAAUAGUUCAAUGACUGCUAAGCUGUAUAGAGCAGGGAAAUAAAAUACAGUGGUUUGGGCCCUCGACCAAGGACCAGUUCUACUGAUCAUAGGAACUUUGUUCAAUUGUCAAAUUCAAAGGGACAAUUUUCUGAGCCCUAGACUCAUCUGAGAAAUGUUGGGCACUUAAAAUGAAAGACAGUAGGAGAAUGAUUUGGGUUUUCACAAUGCUGUUUUUAAAAAUUGCUCCAGAAAGCAACUCUGGGAACUGCUCAGCAGAGAGAACGUCUAGGUUGUGUUUUAAAUUUUAGAGCACGUGAUGGGGUGAACGCUUAGGGAAAGGAUCACUUUUCCUUUGUUUAGUAAUCCAGCCAUAUAGACUUUGAGUCUGUGCGCUUGGCAGUUUCUGCUGUAUGUUAAAGUUUUAGGUGGUUUUAUGUAGCUGAAUUAUUGAGACCUGGAAUUGGAAUAAUACUUUUAUUAUUAAUAAUUAAUAUUAAUACACUGUUAUAGUUAUUGUAUGAUGAAAUAUUCAAUUCUGGAAUAUUGUUGGAACCCUGACUAUGAACAGUGUGUUGCAUUUAGAAACAUAACCCUCACUGUUUUCAGCAAUUUGUUAGCAGAUUGUCUGUGGUGGAACAUUAUAAAAAGACCCCACGGCAAGGUGAGCUUAGAGAACUGAGGGCAAAACACUGGAUGCACUGUUUUUCUGGAUAAAAUUUAUGAUUAUUUUCUAUAUCACCCUUCAAAGGGGAUCUAUUCAGGUUAAAAAUUAUAUUUAUGCUGAAGUCUUUAUCUGGUGUUAACUAAUGAUCUCUUACAGGUUCAUAACUGAAGCAAGUCACUAAUGGUUCUCUUAUACUUGUAGCAGUUUGACAAAAAUCAAAAAAUUUUGUUUUCUUAAUGAUUUUUACAGGCUGACCACCCCCCAACCUAAGAUUCAGAUAACAUCUAGUAAAUUAAUACAAACUACAACUUUGUUUUAACUAACAAGGAAAAGUCAGAAAUAUUUCUAUUACCUUUUAUAAAAAUUCAAAAGUCUCAAACUUCAUUUUGAGUCUAAACCUUCCAACUCUGGCCCAUUUUAAUAUUGUGACUUUUUGUCCACAUUAAGCAAAAAGCAUUCAAUUACUGUUCAGCCUUUAAAUGGUAAACUCAGGUAAAUGAGCUGCUGACUUUUCUAAAGUUCUUUAACUGAUCAACUCAUUGUAUAGGGUAUCGUGUCACUCUGUAUUUUACAAGUGCUCUUGCUGAGGAGGGACAGCGAGCUGUAUUUCUCCAGCAUCCACUGGAUUUCCUGAGAAACCGCUUGUGUAACUGUAAAAGCACCAUCAUGUAUUCUUAACUCACGUGGCUGUUUGAAACUUGUGAUGGGUAAGCUUUUUUGGUCUGUUUUAAUGGUGAAGUAGAGAACAAACAAUUGUUCAGUGAGGAUCUGGUUGAAGGGGAACAUAUAGAUAUACCCCAAGUGUACCGCCUAAGAAACCUGCAUUUGUUCAUGAUGUGUUGAGUGUUGUUUUGUUUUUAACACAGCAUCUUCAAUAACAAGGUUUUGAAACAAUGACAUCUGUCAUUUACAGUUGUAUCUCUUCAUGAUGUUCACCCACUUCUUUCCCUGCCAUUGUAUUUCUCAGCUAUUUGAAUGAGGUCCAGCAAUUUAACAUGGCAUCCUGUGCAGUGGGCACUACUUUCUCAGACAAGCUUGGAAAAUAUGCCUGUUACAAGUAUUUUGUUCUAGAGGUGGCUCUUUGCCUCUCAAGCCUACUAUGUGGAGAGGGGUCUUCAACAACCUGGAAUCCUCUUUGAGUUACUUGAAAUGAGCACAAAGUCCAAGUUCUUACAAAUAUGCUAUGAUUUCUGACACCGAGAAAGAAAAUAUCAUCUUUAUAUCUGUUACUAGUGUUUCCCCCAAGAGAGGUUUUGCUCUUUGUUUUCUACGAUAAGAAAAUCUGUCCAUUGUUUAGGUUUCAUUUUAUUUUGUUCUCUGAUUUCAGUCUAAAAACAGGACCCACGUUGGUGAUGUACUCAUUCAGUGAACACUCAUGGUUCAUCAUAAUGAACUGUCAGCAGUAUUUAUCAGUGAACAGAUAAAACAAAUGGCAAUAUAAUUUUAAUUUGCUUUUACAGACUAAAAUUAAGAGUCAAUGCACAUUCUCCUGUGAAUCCAGAAUGUGAUAAUGUUACUCAAACAGUCCCCACUUCGGUACUAUCUCAAUAACUCAAGAUAGAGCUCCCUGUCAUCAUCCAGUUAGCAAAACACAUGAAAACACCCGUCAUUGGGGAGGCGACUACCUAAAGGGUUAGGGACUUUCUGAUCUUUUCUUGUCCAUUUAGAAAACAUGGAUAAUUUGCCAGUCCUGGCACGGUUUUUCAGAUGUGGGCCCCUGCCGUGUUCUGAUACAGGUCCAUGCCAGCUUCCACACAAGCUAUCCACUCUUAUUCCGUCUGCCCUGAGUUAUUCACUGACAAAGGGGGCAUCCUUAAGUUCAUUUUGGGAAGACAGAGGAGGGGCUCAACCUGCCCCCAAGCAAUAUUUUUUUAUCUGAAGUCCCUGAAAAGGAGUAUAAAACUUUGGACAACUUAAUGUCUUGGCUGUGUUAAAGAACAGUUCCUGUGCAUGAUUUUGAAUGUGGUAUACAUUUGCUGCUUUUUCUGAAUACCCCUUUCUCUCCCACCUUACUCUGACCCCUUAUGAAUAUUUCUAUUGGUUGAAACGCCACGCCUUAUGUGCUUGCACCGUUUUCCUUUCCCACGUGUUUACUCACUGUCUCUAAGUAUUCGGAUCAUGUCAAAUGCUGACGAAACCUCUGAGACUCAAGACAAUGCUUGAAAGUUGAUUUGUCAUAACGCAAAUUCAUGAUGAAAUGUCUUAACAUUUGGCUACGUAGUACCUAGAAACAAAAUAAAGUUGUUUUUAUAACUUAAAAUUGA